AUGAGUUCUAAGAUAAACUUCUCAAGCCCUCCAAUACCAUGCAAAUUCCAUACCAAAAAACCAAAUCUUCUAAAAAGAAACACUAGCAUCAUCUCUUCCUUUUCCUCAGGUGAAAAACAACAAAAAACCAUUUCCACCACAAUUGAAACUCCAUCAAAUAAUGAUAAGGCUUACACUAUCAACUUCAAGACAAAAAGUGCUUGCAAGCUUGGAAUUUCAAGGUAUCCUGAUUUUGAAUAUGAUGCUGAAGGAGGAAUAGGAAAUGGUUUUGGUGCAAAGGCAACAAAAAAUCAAGAUAGUAAUGAUAUUCUUGUUUCAUUUGAUCUUGAAACAUUGUAUAUUCCAUCAUUAACAGGCUCUACUACUAAGUUUCUUGGAUUGCCAUUGCCACCAUUCUUGAAGAUUGAUAUUGUUCCAAAAGCUUUUCAUGGAAGUAUUAAUCAUGAAUCUGGCAAGGUUGAUCUUGAGUUUGAGGCCAAGUUCUUGUUUUCUGCUGGUAGUAUCUAUAAGGCUCCACCGUUGAUUGUCAAGACAGUGUUGACAUCUGAGGAAUCAAAGGGAAGAAUGAAGAGUGGAAGAGGCAUGAGGUUGGAUGAAGAAGGAAAAUGCAGACUUGUUGGUGUGGCAACAGUUGAUCCUAUUGAUGAUUUCAUUAUGAAUUCUUUCCUUGGCCUACCAACUGAAUGUCUUGCUGAGUUAAAUGCUAUGAUAUCUAUUUCUUCUUCGUCAUAA